AUGCUCGGGCGGGGCCCGAAGCUCCUCCGCCGGCUGAUCUGCCUCUCCGGUGGCGGCGCCGCCGGCGCCUCGGAGCUUUCCGGCUCCUGGUACUCGUGGGCCGAAGCCCUUGCGAAGAAGCCCUUUACAACCAGAACCUCGUUCGAGCCUAAACAAUCUAGGAACACCUUUCCCGGGGUUUCCUCCAUCAGAGGCCGGAGAAGCAACCGCCAGCACAUCCCACCGCCACCCCAUCGCAGGCGAGAUCCUUUUGAGCUAACCCCACCGGCCGACGGCCUGCCGGAGGUGGAAUCGAUAUGUUAUCUUCUUUCCGACCCGUCAAACCGGAGAAACGCGGUGGAGGAUCUCCUGAGUGAUCAUGGGGACGAGCUAAGCUCGGAAUUGGUCCUCGGCGUCCUCACCAACUACAGGAAGCUUGGCCGGGUCAGAACCCUUGAGUUCUUCUCCUGGGCGGGGUCUCGUCUGAGUUACCGGUUCGAUGACGUCGUCGUUGAGUACAUGGCCGACUUCCUCGGCCGAAGGAAGCUCUUCGACGAUCUCAAGUGCCUCCUGCGGACGGUUUCCUCCAGCAAUGGCAGGGUCUCGUCCCGGGCGAUCUCGAUCUGCAUCAGGUUCCUGGGGAGGCAGGGGAGAGUGGCCGAUGCCCUGUCCCUGUUCGAGACCAUGGAAUCGGAACUCAACUGCGCUCCGGACAACAUCGUCUUCAACAACGUCCUCUAUAUGCUCUGCAAGUUGACCCACACAGAGGACUCGAUCGACGUCGCACUAGCGUUCUUCCGCAGGAUCGGGUGCCCCGACGAGUACUCCUACAGCAAUGUGCUCCUGGGUCUGUGCAAGUCUGGUCGAAUGGAGAGCGCCCUCAAGGUGUUCGACGAAAUGCUCAUGGCGAAAUUACUCCCUACGAGGACCGCGGCCAAUGUCCUCAUCGGGGCGCUCUGCAACCUGGGACUUAAGAAGGCGGAGAAAGUUCCAGUGAGGAGCGUUCGGCGGCCCUUCGACGUGGUAGUCCCGCACCGCGGCGUUGACCGGGCGGUCGAGUCUGUUCUCGAGGUCUUCUGGGCACUGUGGAAACAGGGGUUGCUGCCGAGCGCCUUCGUCGUCGAUCGUCUCAUUUCAGAGCUCCACCGCCUGGGGAGGAUCGAGGAAGCGGUUGGUGUUCUCAAGGCAGCUGCGAGCAAGAAGCCGAGAUCCUUCGAGGAGAGCUACUUCACAACCAUACGAGCGCUCUGCCGGGCGCGGCGGCUGGACGGCGCCGGUGAGCUGCUCGAGACGAUGCUAUCCCAAGGACUGAAGCCCAAGGCCUCCGUCUACACAUCAAUAAUCUCUGCGCUCUGCAAGCUGGGGGAUCUUGACGUAGCACACAAAUACCUCGAGGUCAUGAACAAGAUGAGGUGUGAACCGGACAGCGGAACCUACACCGCGCUGGUGCACGCCAACUGUGGGAUUCGGAGCUGGGAGCCUGCUUAUGAGCUGUUAAUGGAGAUGAUCGGAUUGGGCCUGUCCCCACAUCUUGCGACACAGAAGUUGGUGGACAACCUGCUCAUAGAGAACGGAAGAAGCGAUCUCUCGGCGAAGUUGGCGGCGAGAAUAGAAUUUCUGCUCCUGCAGCGGCACUGUAGGGCUGGCGAUUUGGAGGCUGCCUACGACAAACUUGCCGCGAUGCUCGGAGAGGGCAUCCACCCCCCACCGUACAUGCUACAGAGAUUAGAGAGUACGUUUCGUGGUUCUAGAUGGUGGAAGUCUGUCCAAGAGCUUCUGAACAGCAUGGAUCAGGUCUCCUCUCAUGGGUCAAGCUCCAAAAUUUGA